AUGAGAUCUAAGCUGGGCAGAACACCCAAGCGUUCUGCUUUUCAUCGUUUUGAGCAAAUCCCUGAUCAACCAUACGACGGGAUGCAUAAUCCGAACGAUAUCGCUAUUGAGAUCCCCCUAGCUGAUAACCCGUCCCAUAGUGGCUCGGGGAAAUGGGGCUCUGGAUCAACACAGGGUGGCAUGGAGCCUAUGGAUGCUGAGAAAGGUGGGGUUUUUGCACCUGCGCGUCAUCGUGGUCGUCGCGUUGAUUCUGAUAUGCAUGAGGCGAGAGGGAAAGCUGCUGAGGCUCCGGAUGAUGGAUCAGUUAAUUCUGUGGGUCGGAUCUAUCAGGCUAUCUACAAUUUCUCCAUUGUUACUCGUUACAUGAUCUAUGUGAUCCCCAUUGGAGCUUUGAUUGCGAUCCCCAUUAUUGUGGGUGCUACUGUCUCUCCAAAUGCCAAAAUCGGCGGUGUUCAUAUCUACUGGUUCUUCACCUGGAUUGAAGUUGUCUGGGUUAGCUUGUGGGUGUGCAAGAUUUUGGCAAAGUUUAUCCCGAUGGUAUUCAUGUUCCUGUGUGGAAUUGUGAGCUCUGGUACUCGGAAGUAUGCUUUAAUUCUCUCGGCUUUGGAGUUCCCUAUUACGCUUGUCUUGUGGUGUAUCGUCUCGUUGGUCACCUUCCUUCCGGUCAUGACUAUGAAUCCUGGCACGAACGAUACAAGUGUUCAAUCUUGGGAGAAGAGCGUCAAAAAUAUCUUAUUCGGUCUACUUCUGUGCAGUCUUAUUUUCCUGACUGAGAAGGCAAUUAUCCAGUUGAUCUCAAUUAGCUAUCAUCGCAAGCAAUUCGAUACUCGAAUUAAGGAAUCUAAGCACAACGUCUAUCUUGUUGGUCUGCUCUUCGAGGCUUCUCGGAACAUGUUCCCCAUGUACUGCCCGGAAUUCAGCGACGAGGAUAUUACCAUCAUGGACCCACUCCUUGGUCAAGCUACGAAGAAAAACACCAAGCGCAAGUCGAUCAUGCCAAUGCGCAUGGUCAAGGAAGUUGGUCGUACUGCUGGUCGUCUUGGUGACAAAUUCCAGGCAGCAGUUGGUAAUGUUGCAAGUGAACUUACUGGAAAGAGGGUCUUUGAUAACAGUACUACUCACUCGGUAGUCAUCUCAGCUCUGGAACGCAAGCGCUGUGCUGCGGCUUUGGGCCGUCGUAUUUGGAUGUCAUUCGUCGUGGAAGGACGUGAAUCUUUAUACAUCGAUGACCUUGUUGAGGUUCUAGGGCCUAACCACGAAGCUGAAGCUGAUGAGGCUUUUGCCAUGUUGGAUAAAGAUGGCAACGGAGAUAUCAGCUUGGAUGAAAUGAUUCUGGUUAUUACCGAAUUGGGCCGUCAGCGGAAGGCCCUCAAUCACAGUAUGCACGAUGUUGACCAGGCUAUUGGUGUUUUGGACAGCCUGCUGUUCUGUGUUGCAUUCAUCAUUGGCAUUCUGGUAUUCAUCUCUUUCGUUACCACUGGCUUUGGUACAGUCAUUGCAGCUGGAGCUACCUCCCUGCUCUCCUUGAGUUUCGUUUUCUCUACUACUUGUCAGGAAGUGCUAGGCUCUUGUAUUUUCUUGUUCGUGAAGCACCCCUUCGAUAUUGGGGACCGUGUCGACGUCAGCGACAAGGACUACAUCGUUGAACGUAUCUCUCUGCUAUUCACUGUAUUCCGCUCUGUUCAAGAUCACCGCUUGACCCAGGUCCCCAACAACAUCCUGAACAGUCUAUGGGUUGACAAUCUGACUCGUGCCAAUGCCAUGCAUGAGCGUCUGACUGUUCCAGUUGCCUUCGAUACCACAUUUGCCGAGAUUGAAGCUCUGCGUGACGAGAUGGAGAUUUUCGUGCGUGACAAGGAUAAUUCUCGUGACUUCCAGCCUGACUUCAACAUUGAAGUCCUUGGUGUUGGCGAUCUUGAUAAGCUCCAGCUGCAAGUGGAUAUCCGCCACAAGUCUAACUGGGCUAACGAGACUGUUCGUGCCUCUCGCCGUUCUAAAUUCAUGUGCGCCCUUGUUCUUGCCAUCCGCAAGCUGAAGAUUCGUGCACCAGGUGCUGUUGCUCCGGAGGAAGAAUCCAAGGAUGAUAGUGACAGUGAUAGUGGUGACAAGGACGGUGACAGCAAGAUUCCCACUCAGACUGCUGCUGCAGUCGCUGCUGAUACCUCGCUGAAUGUCAACACUGCGCAGGCUACUGGCGUCGACCAAAACCGGUCGUCUGGAACUAUCACUCACCGGGGUUCUACCAAUGCAGCCAACGAAGCAGCCAUUGCAGACCGCCUCAACGCACGUUCGCCAGCCGUCCAUAUCGGAUAUGAGGAGCAGGAGAACCCAUUGCAACGCAUUAUAACUGCUUCUAGCCAAGGGGCUCAGCGGACUAGCGUGAACAACGGAGUAACUGGCUCUGUCGCCCGUGAACCAUCCAAGGGUCAUCGAAAGGCCGGCACCCGUGUUUCAUACACCGACCAAGAACCUAUGCCACCACUCUCACCGGUACAAGCAGGCCUCACACCCUCCACCAGCAAUGUGCCUAUUCUGCAGAACCCUGCACCCCCAGGUUCCCGUGGUAGCGUCCGCUACGAGCCCCCAUCCCAGCCUCCUCUCAACAACCCACUUCCACCACCUCCAGAGCCUGGUAAUUACACCAAUUACUACCAAGCUCACAAUGCUCAAAACGAGCAUACCGCCUACGAGAAUGUUCCACUCGGUGGCUUCAACGUACCCCAAACUACUGUCCCUAUGUCAGGUAUAACGGCCAGCAGUCACUACGAUGAUCGCUAUGACCCCGUUUCGCCACCAUCAGUCUAUUCUCCCCAACAUCCCGCAGCUGCGGAAGUUAGUGCUCGUCGACCUUCAUUUUUGGCACGAACGUUGAAGCGAGACAAGCAUCACACGCCCUAUGGUGGCCAUGAUGCUUAA